CUGGAAGUCAGCCUGAACGGCGAAUCGAUCACGCUGUCCAACGAAUCGCUGCGCGAGGCGCUCUGCGAGAUCGGCUACGACCCCGAGCAACAGGGCAUCGCCGUCGCGAUCAACAUGUCGGUCGUGCCGCGCAGCGAAUGGUCGGAGACCAAUAUCUGCAACGGCGACCGGAUUGACAUCGUCGGCGGCAAACAGGGUGGAUAG